UCUGGCCAUGAAAGAUGGAAGCGCCAACAAUACUAUGACUAAUUUAACAGGGUUGUAACUAUCAAUAUUUGUCUUAAAAAUUAAAAUUAUAGGUGGAAUUUACAUAUUUAACCUAAGAAGAGAAAGCUUUAAAACAAGUUAGGGGAAGAAUGGUUUGGUGCGAAGAGAAGAGAGAGCUUCCCAACAAUGGCGAAUUCCAUUCCAAUCAAUCCAACGGAGUUGUCGUUCAUCGUUUGCGAGUCGGGUUUGUGCAGUCGUCGGAGGCCACUUGCGAGAAGGGAGAACAAUCGCGGGGGAGCAAGAGCCACUGUUGGAGGAGACAACACUUGCAAUUAUGUAAGAUAAGAAAAAAAAUUUGGGUCAUAAAACUUGGGAUCCCAACAUCAAUUGUUGCAACUAACAGCAUUGUGGUACACUGGUACAUUGUCAAAAAAUGUAAAGUCGUUAACGGCAUAAAGCACCUCCCAUCGACCUUAUUCUCAUUCUUUCUCUUCACAAUUGAAUUUCUAGCGACAGUGAAACUCACAUAUGAUGCAGCUCAGUUCCUACACCUUCUUAUUUCAUCUCUCUGCUCAAUUGCUCCCAUUGGUCUUCAGAAUGUAUUUUCUUUGGAACUCACCUCCACGCUUCUGGCCAAGGACAACCACAAUGUCUUUGGCUUAAUGCAGCUGGUUUCUGUUGAUGAUGGCCAGAGGUCUAUUAGAGCUUAUGGUAUAUACUCCUAUGCCUCCUUUUUUUUAACCACGAUUGUCUUUCUAAUGCCUGCAGAUUUGAUUAUGUGGAUAGUAAUCUACCGGAUGGCAGUAAUAAUACUGACAUUAUUGUUAGGAUGAUUCAUGAUGUUCUUCAAGGCAGGGAGAUCUAUUUGAGCUAUUUUUUUGUCAAUGAAAACUAUGCUAGCAGGUAGAAGAAAUUGAUGGAAGACUAUGGCUUCACCUGUAAUUGUGAUCGGUGUAAUGUCGAAUCAAAUUGGUCAGAUAACGAUGACAUUAUCGAAGAAGAUAAUGCAAAAGAUAUGGAUGAGGAGGACAAAUAUGAAAACAUGGCAGCGUCAGAUACACAAUUUAUUUCAUUUCAUUUAAUAAUAAGAAUAAGGAAUAAUUUACCUUUUAAUUUAGAGAAGGUAAGAUAGAAUUCACCUAUAAAAAUUAAUAUUUAAUG